ACAUUGGAACAGAAUUUAUUCGAAGAAAUAGAGUGGAAUUCCGCUGAAAAACUUUCGCUUGAAAUAUUGACUUUCUUGUUUUUCUAAACACUGAUUCGGAUUCGGAAGCAGCAGACUAAGAAAACCCAGAUUUUAGUCCACACUCUGAUGUAAAAACAAACAAUGAGUGCCACGGCAUCUAAUCAAUCAACAGGGGCAGAGGGUGGAGCUUCAGGUUCCAGUGAAGAUGCCCACCAAGACUCAGGGGAAUACGAGUGCAAUAUAUGUCUAGAUACAGCAAAAGAUGCAGUUGUCAGUAUGUGUGGACAUUUAUUCUGCUGGCCGUGCCUUCAUCAGUGGCUUGAAACGCGUCCAAACAGGCAGACAUGCCCAGUAUGCAAAGCGGGUAUUAGCCGAGACAAAGUUAUUCCACUAUAUGGCCGCAAUAAUACAUCUAGGGAAGACCCUCGGGACAAGGCUCCUCCAAGGCCUCAGGGUCAAAGGUCAGAGCCAGAAAACAAUGGGGCAUUCCCUGGGUUCAACUUUGGAGAUGGUGGCUUUCAGAUGUCUUUCGGAAUUGGUGCUUUUCCAUUUGGAUUCUUUGCUUCAAACUUUAACAUGGGGGACACCCGACCACCAGCUCCUGGACCCGAGACUCCCCAAGCAGCAGAAGAACAGUUCCUCUCUAAAGUAUUUCUCUAUGUAGCCAUGCUGUUCAUCUUUUGGUUACUAAUAGCAUAAACUCUUGUUACCAUGGUAACUCUGAAUGUGAACAUGUCACCAUGGUAACUCUGAAUGUG